GAGAUGCUAAAAACCUUGUACCUAUGGACCCCAAUGGUUUGUCAGACCCUUACGUGAAACUGAAACUGAUUCCCGACCCCAAGAGUGAGAGCAAGCAGAAGACCAAAACCAUCAAGUGCUCCCUCAACCCUGAGUGGAACGAGACAUUCAGAUUCCAACUGAAAGAAUCGGACAAAGACAGAAGACUGUCUGUAGAGAUUUGGGAUUGGGAUCUGACCAGCAGGAAUGACUUCAUGGGAUCUUUGUCGUUUGGGAUUUCCGAACUGCAGAAAGCUGGUGUUGAUGGCUG